AUGGAUAACAAUAAUAAUUUUGAAAAAUUAUUAAAAAAAUAUACCAAAGGUGAAUAUGUAACAAAAUGUAAUGAAAGAGGAAUAACAUUUUAUUAUUCUAAAAACAAUCCAGAGUUUUUUAUUAAAAAAUUAACAAACAAGGAAGAGUCAAAAAGAGAAAAUAUUAUACAACUAUUGGAUCAUCCCAACAUUGUUAAAUACGAAGAUAGCAAAGAAAUCAUUUCCCCAGAUGGACAAUCAUUUUUCUAUAUUGUAACCCAAUUUGUUCGAAACUCAUGUACAAUUAAAGAAAAAUUGGAAAGUACAUCAAAUUUUGAUAGAGAGGAGAUUUUCAAAAUCAUAAAUCAAUUCUUCGAUAUCUUAAAAAAUCUAAAUGAAAGUGAAGUUUUACACUGCGAUAUUUGUAGUGAUAAUGUAAUGAUAGACAGUGAUAAUAAUAUAACAUUAAUAGAUUUUGGUGUUUCAAUGAUUAAAAAAAAUAUUAAUUUAACCCAUACAACAAUUUAUACUAGAAAAAACAAACCGAAAGAAUUAAAUGCAAAUAUUGACAUCAAAGAUUUGGGUGAUUUGUUAGAAGAAUUCAUAGAUAAAUUACCAAACAAUAUAUCAGCUGAAAAUUUUAAACAUUUUAUUAAAUGUUGCCAAAAUGGAACAAAUCUUAAAGAUUUGAAAAAACAUAAAGUAUUUUAUGACAAUUCAGUAAAUACAACAGAAUCACAACAAGUUGUUUCUGAUAAAGCUUCUGAUCCAAUCUCUGUUCAAGUCUUUACCCCUGUCUCUGAUUCAAUUUCUGCUCCAGUUUCUACUCCAAUCUCUUCUCAAGUAUUUAUUCUUGGACGUCCUAAACUAACAACUCCAAAUACCCAAAUGCCACAACACAUUAUAGAAGUAUCACCAAAUUUUUAUCACAAUAAUAAUGUUAGUGGCGAAUACAGUAUUUUUACUGGAACAGAUGGCCUCAUAGAUCUAAUUGGUCAAAGUGGGUCUAUGGAACAACCAUGUCCAUGUUGUGGACAUACCAACUUAAGAACUAUUACAGAAGGUCUUUUUAAAAGAGCGAUUGCCUGUGAAUGUAAAAACAAAACCAAUGGAUUUUGUUUAUGUGAAAGAAGAUCUUAUAGUCAUUUAUUUUUCAAUAAUGAUUAUAGUCAAUGCAUUGAUAAACAUCAUGGAAUAUAUACUCAACAGACAGCUAAAGGUACCGUAACUUAUAAAAAAUAUAGACAAAAAUGGACGGUUACAAAUGAAAACCAAGAAACCACUGAAUUACAAAAUGAACCAAGAAUAGUUUUAAAAAGAUAA